GUGCGACUCUAGUCUAGUAGUAGCCGAGCCGCCACGACGAAACGACAACGCAGCGGCGGCGUCCUUCCGCGCCUCUUCAUUCCUUUGUCGCCGCUGUUGCUUCGUCCACCGACCCUCACAGACGAUAUUCGACGGCCGUUUAGGCCUAAAGGAAUCUCACCGACUGAGCUCAGAAACACGGGUUAGAUUUUUCUUAUUCUUACAUAGUGAAGUUCCUGUGAAGAAAGUGUUUCACUUGGUGGAUACCGAACUUGGAUAACGACUUGUUUUACAAGGUUCAGAAAUUGAGGUUUAGGGAAAGGUUCGUGGAUCUCUGAAACAGAGAGAAGUGAAAGUACCGCGUAGCCAAAGACUGCUGCCAGACGGAGGACGCGUUUAUCUCGAUGACCAGCACGUGCUAGCGCGAAAUAGUGCGGGGAACAACCUUAAUAAGAAUAAGACUGAUCACACGUGGGUACAGCAAGAUGAGGCUGGUGUUAAGUGUCGUUUGCUCGCUCCUGUUGAUCCUGCCAUUAUCCAACGCGGACCAAUGGCAAAACGGGAGGAACGUGGAAUGCCCUCACAAGUGUAUGUGCUUCGGAAACACCGUGAGAUGCAUGUUUCAGAAGCUGAACCGUGUACCACGAGUACCAACCAACACGACGGUCCUUGAUCUACGAUUCAACAACAUAGCCGAGAUACGACCUGGCUCCUUCCACGGUCUAUCCGACUUACACACACUUCUAUUGAACGACAAUCGCAUCAAACACCUCUUACCAAGAACCUUCGAAGGUGCAUCAAACUUAAGGAUCCUCUAUCUAUAUAAGAAUCGUUUGGAACGAAUUUCACCAGGGGCAUUUUCUGGUCUGCCAAACUUAGAACAAUUAUAUCUACAUUUCAAUCAUCUGAAAGAAAUUAGAAAGGGCACAUUCAAUGAUUUGCCAUCGUUGGAGAGACUUUUCUUGCAUAACAACCUACUGCAUCAUCUACCAGCGGACGCUUUUCACAAUGUGGGACCCAUGACACGUCUUCGUUUAGAUAGCAAUGCUCUCGUUUGCGACUGUAAUUUGGUCUGGCUGGUGCAGAGGCUUCAAAACAAACCAUCCGAGAUGGCAGCCUUUUGCCAGUCGCCCAAUGAGAUGAAGGGAAGAUCGUUGACAAGCAUGUCGAUGAACGAUUUUCAUUGCACUGAGCCACGCAUAAUGAACGGUCCCCAGGAUGUAGAGGUCAGGCUGGGAGGAACCAUCAGCUUCACCUGCGAGGUAAUAGGAGACCCGAUACCGGAAAUCAAGUGGAUGCGGGACUCUAAUGAAGUAUCCGCCGAUGGGAACCGUUAUGUGAUCGAGGAUGAUGGAACAUUAGUAAUAUCAGAUGUAACGGAACAAGACACUGGUGAAUACGAAUGCAUGGCCAAGAGCGAAAUGGGCUUCACAAAAUCAAGAAAGGCCAGAGCAGUAAUCACAGUAUCACCAUCCUUAAGAUUUACCGAGUUGCCUGAGUCACAAACUGUCCAGGUUGGAGUAGAUGCUUCUUUUAUCUGUAAAGUAGAUGGUCGUCCUGCACCAACUAUUCAGUGGUGGAGAAAUGGUCAAAUGUUAGACGUUGGUGGCCGUAUCGCCAUAGAAGACGAAGGAAGUUUGUUGAGAAUAUUUGCUGUAAAAGAAUCAGACUCAGCUAGAUACGUUUGUCAAGCGAAAAACUCUAAUGGAUACGCUGAAACAAGCGCGGAUCUGAGGGUAGUAGAUGAAUCUUAUAGUCCUCCUAAGCUAACGUAUGAACCACACGAUAUGGAGGCGGAAUCUGGGGCCAUUAUAGAGAUUCCCUGCAGAGUAGAAGGCUUUCCUAAACCCGUGAUACAGUGGAAGAAGGAUGGUACAGCUGUUGAAGGAUCUAGAUUUCGUGUAUCGCGCGGGGGAAGCUUGUAUCUUUAUAAUGUUACUGCUGCCGAUACUGGAAGAUAUGAAUGCUCCGCUGUGAACCAAUAUGGUCGAGCAACCGCCCAGGCGUUGGUACGCGUUCGCCAGCCGGAAGCAGCAGAUGUUCUUGUGAUCAGAGCCUUCAAGGAUGCAACCGAGGAGAUCGAUCGAGCCAUAAAUAACACGCUGAUAGAUCUUCUUAGCGGAUCUGCGCGGACGAAUCCACUGAGACUCGCGCGUUUCCCAGAUGCAGUCGGUCGCGCAGCUGCCAGACCUGCUGAAAUUUUCGAAAGAACGCUCGUAAAUAUACGACGAAUGGUAAAUUCUGGCCUGAGUGCGAACACCAGCACUGAAUUCCGAUAUGAGGAAAUUCUAACGGCGGAACAGGUUAGAGAAAUCGAAAGGUUAUCUGGAUGCACAGGCCACAGACAUCGUCAGAAUUGCACAAACAUGUGCUAUCACAAUAAGUACCGUAACAUAGAUGGCAGCUGCAACAACUUACGACAUCCAACCUGGGGUUCUUCCUAUACUGGAUUCCGUAGAGUUUUACAACCAAUUUACGAGAAUGGAUUUUCAUCACCAGUCGGUUGGGAAAAAAAUCGUCGUUACUAUGGAUAUCCGAAACCUUCUGCGCGUUUAGUUUCCACAACGCUAAUAACCACUCAUAACGUAACUUCAGAUAGUGGAAUCACGCAUAUGGUAAUGCAGUGGGGUCAGUUCAUGGAUCAUGACUUAGAUCACGCUCUUCCAUCAGUUUCUAGCGAAUCAUGGGAUGGUAUAGAUUGUAAGAAGUCUUGUGACAAUGCUGCACCUUGCUUUCCCAUGGAUGUUCCACCUGGUGACCCUAGAGUCAAUAAUAGAAGGUGCAUUGAUUUUAUCAGAACGAGUGCAGUUUGCGGUUCUGGUGCAACCAGUUUAUUAUGGGGCAGUCUCACUCCUCGAGAACAAUUAAAUCAGCUAACCAGCUACAUGGAUGGCUCUCAAGUAUAUGGUUACGAUGAUGCCUUAGCCAGAGAUCUCCGUGACUUGACAACAGAUCAUGGUUUGUUGCGAGAAGGGCCUGCAAUUCCUGGCCAUAAACCUCUUCUGCCAUACGCUAAUGGUCAAUUCGUCGAUUGCAGGAGAAAUCCUGUAGAAAGUUCGAUCAAUUGUUUCGUAGCCGGAGAUAUCAGAGCCAAUGAACAAGUGGGUCUUCUAGCAAUGCAUACGAUAUGGUUACGUGAACAUAAUCGCAUAGCUCGCUCUUUACGUGAUAUGAACCCUCAAUGGAAUGGGGAAAAAUUGUAUCAGGAAGCUAGGAAGAUCGUAGGUGCUGAGAUGCAACAUAUUACAUAUCAAUACUGGAUACCUCAUGUAUUUGGUAGAACUGCAGAAGAACUUUUAGGUUCGUAUCGAGGUUAUGAUCCUAACCUCGAUGCUAGUAUCUCCAAUGUUUUUGCUACCGCAGCUUUAAGAUUCGGUCAUACAUUGAUUCAACCUCAGUUGCAGCGUCUUAACGAAUCUUUUCAACCGAUUCCCCAGGGUCCUCUUAAGCUAAGAGACGCCUUCUUUUCGCCGUGGAGAUUGGUCGAAGAAGGUGGCGUGGACCCUCUUAUGAGAGGAAUGUUUGGCACUGCCGCAAAAUUGAAAUUGCCCGAAGAAAAUUUGAACUCAGAACUGACGGAACAAUUAUUCCAUACUGCCCAUGCAGUGGCUUUAGAUUUAGCUGCGAUGAAUAUCCAGCGGGGCAGAGAUCAUGCACUGCCAGGUUAUUUAGAAUGGCGACGAUUCUGCAAUAUGUCUUACGUUGAAACUUUCGAGGAUCUAGCCGGUGAAAUUCGCAGCGCUAAAGUUAGACAAAAAUUAAGAGAACUGUACGGUCAUCCUGGGAACAUAGAUGUCUGGGUUGGUGGAGUACUGGAGGAUCAACUGCCUAAUGCCAAACUAGGACCACUCUUCCAAUGUAUUUUGUUAGAGCAAUUUAAACGUACUAGAAAUGGCGACAGAUUUUGGUAUGAGAGUCCGACUGUUUUUAAACCAGAACAACUCGCACAGAUAAAACAAACGAGCUUAGCUAGGAUCCUAUGCGACAAUGGCGACAAUAUUAAUAGAAUUCAACCGAAUGUGUUCUUACUGCCCGAAGGUGAUAAUAAGUUCGUCACCUGCGAUGAGAUUCCAUAUGUAGACUUAAGAGUUUGGUCCGAAUGUUGCGAUGGAUGUGAAGAUCAGAGUAAUACAAUUUCGAGAUUCAGACGUAGCGCAGCCAAAUAUUUGCCAUCGCAAAAUAGUUUCUCUCUGAAGGAUACAAGUACACAGAGCCAGAGUGAAAAAAUAGAAUAUUUAGAGAGAACAAUCGAGGAAACCGAGCAGGAGUUUAGAAAGGUUAUAGAUGUUGUAGAAUCCUUGUCUCAUAAGAUAAAAGAACUGAGAUCACUUUUAGAGGACGUGAAGAAAUCGAAGUAGAACAAUAGACGAUGUACCAUUGUUCCAACGCGCGUCCAAUUUAUCUUAAAUUCGCUUCGUAUUAGAAAUUCAUUAACGUUGUACGUUUAUUACUGUACAUACACGAAGCCCAAUUGGGUUUAUUAGGAGAUUAGCUGUUUAUUGCUCUCCUGUCAGAUUCGAAUUCGUCAUUUAGAUAUUUGUUAUUACCUCUAGUCUCAUAUUUGAUACAUUAAUGGUACUAAAAAGAGCUUAAUGAUAUUUAUAGAAGCAAUAAUAGAGCUUAAAUCGCACUGUUGUCGAUUUUCCACUUUUAUCAUUUUUGAAGCUGCAGAGAGUCACAUAUUGCUUUGAUGGCAUAAUAUAAAUACAUUUCAAAAUUGACUUAAGUAAAACGAUAAAAAUAUUUUAAUUGUAUUCUAUGCAAUAACAUUUUUCUUUUUUAGUAAUGAAAAGAUUUACAUAUCACCUUGCCCUCUUUCCUUUUACAUAGAUAAUACAUAACUAUUAUAUCAACUAGCUAUUAAUGAUAUGCACAAAAUAAUUUUAUUAACAAGUUCUAUAUUUAACACAAAGUUUAAAGGAAAACGAACCAUAAAUACAUUUACUACUUAAUAUGUACAGUUUUGAUAUUGAUUACCGUUAUGUUGAACGCUUACAUUUCUAUGAUCCUGUGCCAUGUGUUUGUUUUAUAUUAUGUACAUGUUAGCUCCUAGUAAAUUUGUAGGAGUAUUGUAGAAAGUGUUUAUUGAUUCAUUUCAGAAAGAUCUAAAUCUUUGGAAAUAUGUAUUAAAUAGAAACAUUCAAAGAAAAUUAAGGAUAGAUCAAUGUUUGAAGAAUAUCAUAAUGCAGCAUCCAGUAAAGAAAUUAUAUUCACUUGUGUAGCUAUAUAAACAUAUACACACUAUAUACACAUUGAAACAUUACUGGAACAUAUUCAGGUUUUAUAAUAUAUCCAUGUACUAAAGUAUUCUGUUCAUUAAAUAUUAACAUUAUACAACAAUA